UUCUUCUUGAAGGGUGAUUUAUGGGGAGGACGUAGAACCUUAAUAUAAUGCUUUCUUGCUGAUGCCAUUAGGGCUUAAUUGCUUUCAAUAACUAUACAUUAUAUCACUUAACUGCAGCCCACCAUUGAUCAGUUCUUGAAUCUUGAGGGAACAAAAUAUGGAGGAAAAUCUUCCUCCAGGGUUCAGAUUCCAUCCCACAGAUGCAGAGCUCAUUACUUUUUAUCUAACACGAAAGGUUUCUGAUGUUAGUUUCACGUCUAAAGCUAUUGUAGAUGUUGAUCUCAAUAAAUGUGAACCUUGGGAUCUCCCAGGCAAGGCUUCCAUGGGGGAGAAAGAAUGGUAUUUUUUCAGCUUGAGAGAUAGAAAAUACCCAACAGGACUUCGAACAAAUCGAGCUACUGAGGCAGGGUAUUGGAAAACCACAGGGAAGGAUAAGGAAAUAUUUCGUGGUGCAGAACUGGUGGGUAUGAAAAAAACCCUAGUCUUCUACAAGGGUAGAGCUCCAAGGGGUGAGAAAAGUAAUUGGGUUGUGCAUGAAUACAGACUUGAAAGCAAACAUCCUUGCAAGCCCACUAAGGAGGAAUGGGUAGUUUGUAGGGUAUUCCAAAAGAGCUCAGCAGCAGCUAAAAAACCACAGCAAACAGCAUCCUCUCAACAGUCUCUAGGGUCUCCAUGUGAUACAAACUCUAUAGUCAAUGAGUUUGGAGAUAUUGAGUUACCAAACCUAAACAACAUUGUGAAUUCAUCAAAUGGGUUCAACAAUAUCCCAACACAAAGUAGUUACAACAACGAAACCAAUGUAAAUAUGAGCAUGAACAUUCAUAAUUGGGCUGCAACAAGAGAACAAUCCUCACUCUCAUGGCCUUCAAGCUUGCUAAGUUCGAAUCUUUCGAUGAAUUCCUUGCUUCUCAAGGCAUUACAGAUGAGGAGCUAUCAACAAAGAGAAGCUUCUGCUGCUGCAUGUAGUAGUGAUCAUCACUCAUUUCUCACGCAAGUGAGUACUCCUCAGUUUGGAACUGAUUUAUGUUCAAAUUUCCAGGGUUCUUCUUCUUCUUCCAAGGUUUUAGAAACAGUGCAGCAACCAGUACAGCAGGAGCAACCAUUUAAUUUGGACUCCAUUUGGUGAAGCUGUAAAGUUGAAAACUAACUUCCUUUCUUUGCUUAAUUGUCUUCAACCAAUAGCUCACGCAUGUAUGACUCAAGAAAAAUAAUUAAUGGUUGGUGUAGUUAGAUGUAAAAAUCGAAAAACUUUUAAAAAGUAUCUGUGGCUAUGUGUCUUUAGAUUCAAGUGCUAAGUUGAUGUAUUAGGGCUUCAAUGUGAAGUAACUAGCUAGGGUACGUAAUUAAUAUUAAAGUCCUUAGUUCUUUAGUAAUUGUUAUAUUCAUGUCCUUCCUGUACAUGAGAUUAAUGUUCCAUGUGAAAUGAAUAAUCCUAACAAAUGGAUAUAUAGCUUU